AUGGUGUUCGGUGAUAAAAAUAUUGAUCAACAAAUGGAAAUCAAUGGUGAACAUAUCGAAAAUUGUGAAAAAUAUCUGAAAAAUGAUUUAUAUCCAUAUCUAUUACCUAAGUCAUAUGAUGAUGUUGAAGAUUUAACUAUUGAAAAUUGGAAAGAUUUUCUUGAAAGUGAACCAUUUCGUGUAAAUGCUCAGUGUGUUCGUUCCGUUGGACCAUGGUCAGCAAGAACGAAAACAAUAGAAUCAUCGAUUCAAAAUGCUUAUAUACAAAUGAUUGAUGUUGCUAAACAUUAUAUAUAUAUUGAAAAUCAAUUCUUUGUUUCAAUUGCUCAAGAUUCAGUAGUUCGAAAUCAAUUAGGUGAUGUUCUUUUUCGACGUAUAGAACGAGCACAUAAAAAUGAUGAAAAAUUUCGUAUUUAUAUUGUUCUUCCUCUUUUACCUGGUUUUGAUAGUAUGAAUACCGUACAAGCUGUACUCUAUUUUAUCAUGCGUUCAAUUGUUAAGGGUGAUAAUUCAUUAUUUAAACGACUUGAAAAUGCAGGUAAAUCAAAUAUUUUGCUCAUAGUUUUCUUGUCGUUUAAUAAUAGAUAUAAAAAAUCGAAUAGAUUAGCAGUUUGUCAAUCUCAUAUUAUGAUUUACAACAGUAAAUAGAGCACAGAUGUCUAUCUUUGUUUGAACAUCAAAGAUAAUAGAGUUUAUGUUAGUGUACAUAUUUAGUGUUAUACGGAAAAGAAAUUUUUAGAACUACAUAGAAUUAAAGACGAAGAUCGGAAAUGUUCAGGAUCAGCUUUUGUCGGACGUUGUACUAUGUUUGAGAAAAAUUUUCUAAUAUUAUCUUACUCAUUCUACACUUCCUCAUUCUUAUGGAACGUGAACAAGUAUUCCUUGUGGUGAAAUUUUCGUGCAAAAAAUCGUCUAAUCCGUAUGAAAAUACGAAAUGGAGAAUGGUUUCUGAUAUACACAAAGAUAUUCAAUAAUAUCUACUCACGAGGGAAGAUCUUCAACUGUCCAAUUCCCUUUUGAGUUCGGACUUUGUGCAAAAGAUAGACCUCAAUGAGAUAUGAAAAACCCCAAAAGAUUAAAUGCCCUUAGGCCUUCUGUCAAAAGAUAUAGGCAUUUUACUGGAAUUUUAGCCUAUGACAUGGCAUAUACCAAUAAAUCAAAUGACAGUAUUUCGACCUGAGAUUUUGCCCACAGACAAGUCUAUUUGUGAGUGGAAUAUCCUGAAAAUUUCAGCUGAAAAUGAUAUUUCCUUCUAGAGAUAUUUAAGUCCUAAAAAUGAC